AGACCUGUGUUCGUUAAUUUCACGCCACCAUGAAUACUGCUCAUGUUCCAAGACUUGUUUUGCAACUCUCUCUGCCUCUUCCUCUCUCGCCAAGGAAACAAGCUCAAAAAUGGCAUGAAAUUUUCCAAUAGCGAUUGUAUUACGCUUGGAAAACCUUUCUUUAUUGGCCUAAAGGUAAUGGCCCCUGACAGUGCAAUUUUCAGUCUAUCGGGGCCUUCACACCUCACAGCUAUUGACUGGACAAAUGAACAUCACCGAAGAUCAAUCGCUGCGAGCUUGGUUCAGGGCGUUUAUGUUCUAGAACGUGACCGCCAAGAGAAUCGUCAAGGGCCCCAAGCUUGCGCUCUUCCCUGGUGGGAGUCUUUUAAUUUUCAACUAAACCACCUCCUUAUAGAUGAUGUUGAUCAAUCCAUUUUUGGUGCCAUAUAUGAAUUCAUCAAUUUCUCUCGUCGCGAUUAUUCAGCACCCCAAAAUGCCCCACAUCAUGUUAUUGCAUUUCGGGGUACUCUGAAUGCUCCAGCCUCUAUCUCACGUGAUCUCAAGUUAGGUCUCCUAUGCGUCUGCAACAGGCUUCAUGUAAGCUCCCGGUUUCAGCUCGCCAUGAAGUGUGUGGAGGAUAUAGCUGCUACGGCUACCGCGGAUGGCUCCAACAUAUGGUUAGCAGGACAUUCACUCGGGUCAGCUGUGGCUUUGCUCGCUGGGAAGAACUUGACUAAGAUGGGUUGUUUGGUGGAAACUUACCUCUUCAAUCCCCCAUUCUUGUCUGCCCCGGUAGAAAUACUCAAGCCCCGAGUACUCAAAAACGGGAUUCGCUUCACAAAGAGUGUAGUCAAUGCAGCCCUCGCAAUUGCCAUAAAGGGUCGCCAGCCAAAGCCUGAGCGAGAUGAUCAGUUUACUGCAUUAUCUUCAUGGACCCCUUACCUGUUUGUGAAUCCAACUGAUGUUAUAUGCUCAGAGUACAAGGGUUAUUUUGAACACAGGAAGAUUAUGGAGGAGAUUGGAGCUGGGAAAAUCGAAAGGCUCUCAACACAGAAUUCAAUUGUUUGUCUCUUCUCAACCGUAUUGAGGAAGAAUUCAGAGCCAUUGCAUCUUCUUCCAUCAGCUUACCUGACAAUUAAUCAAAGUCCACUUCCAGGUUUUAAAAGAGCUCAUGGGAUUGAACAGUGGUGGGACCCUAAUUUUAAUGGUCAGGUUGAACUACACCAGUUCAACUAAUCUAUCUGAAAGCACUUUCAUUGUGGAUAAUAAUUUGAUUGGUUGAUGAAUCAGUCUGUCCUGUUGAGACCUUGAGAAUUCUCCAAUCUCUUUGCUGCCUAAAUACUAGAAACUGACUUGAAAAACCAGAUGUUAAAAGAAUGUGAAACCCAUUCUUUCCAACAUGUAUCCUCAACAUUGUUGUCGGAAUCAGAUAUCAGUUGGAGCUGGAGUCUUGGACCAUGGCUUAAGGAGUUUUGUUGUGCUCCAGCUUGACUCGGUCUGAACAUCUUUCUUUGUUUGGAGAGUGACUGACAACAUAAAUAGCUGUUUAGGUGAAUUGUUUAGGUGAAUUUCAUUGAUUUUAAGUACUCCAAAUUCCUCAAUGGUUUGUCUACAUAAAAGAGAUGGCAUUAGUUUUUGGCUCUAGAAUUUUAUCUUCAAUCAUUUAAAUUAGGAAAACUACUGUGGAUAAGUGCAA